AUGUCACGGUGCUCUUUCGUCUUCGUCACGGCCAAAAACGCCGACAUCAAACUCAUCAACCGUUUCCUCCUCACCAUCCGGGACUGGGAGUACGGCGAAGAUGACACCUGGGACUGCUUCACCCUCGUCACCUCGAAGACGGAACCCCUCCCGCUAGACGCAGAAUCCACAAAGCCACCACUGCAAGAGUUGCCUCUAAACGAAUGGGAAGGCAGCUCCCUCGAAGAAGUCGAAGCCGCGGUCCUUGCGAGGGGCAAAGAAGAGGACUCGGCGUAUGGCAAGCAGCAAGGGCCCAACAACUUGAGCCUCUUCUUCGUGCUCGACGACAAGAGCGUCGAGGACCGGACCGUGAUCCUGUGCCAGCGGGCCGUUGACUGGGACGCGGAGCCGCUGACGUACCCGGAAGGGUUCAACAAGUUCCGGACGCCGUGGACGUCGGCUUACCUGGACUGGUGCAACCUCGACAUCUCGAAUAUCGGAUGGUCCGAGAUGUGUGACUGGGAGGACGCCGACGAGGGAAAGAAUGAGAGGGACGGGGUGUGGUGGACGUAUGGGAAUCACGUUGAGGAGCUUACCUCUGAGGAGAAUAGGAAGAAGCGGGAUGCUGUGAUUAAGGAGCUGGAGGGGCUUGGGCAAGCGUGA